UGUCUCUGGUCGGGAAGUGCUCCUCCAGCACCAUCAGCACCAUACCGCUCCUGGAUGCUGCGCUGGAGUAUGUACGCAUGCGCACCACAGUGGAAUUACUGCACAGCGCACUCUAAGUUGGAUCUUCUCUGUCUUCACGGAAACCAGAAAACAUAUAAAAGUAUGGCGAUCUUUAGAAUAAGACAAAAGAGCUUCAUGCGCGUCUGGACGUUUCCCGUGAUCGUGGCCGUGGUGUGUGCGCAAAGUGUCAAUGAUCCAAGCAAUAUGUCUCUCGUAAAAGAAACUGUUGAUAGACUAUUGAAAGGAUAUGACAUUCGCUUGAGGCCAGAUUUUGGAGGUCCUCCGGUGGGAGUGGGGAUGAAUAUAGACAUAGCCAGCAUAGACAUGGUAUCAGAAGUGAAUAUGGACUACACAUUGACAAUGUAUUUCCAGCAAGCCUGGCGAGACAAGCGUCUGUCCUAUUCUGAGAUUCCUCUGAACCUGACGCUGGAUAACCGAGUAGCCGAUCAGCUGUGGGUGCCGGACACUUACUUCCUAAACGACAAGAAGUCAUUUGUCCAUGGUGUAACAGUGAAGAACAGAAUGAUCCGUCUCCAUCCAGAUGGCACUGUGCUUUAUGGGCUCAGGAUUACGACCACUGCCGCCUGCAUGAUGGACUUGCGCAGAUACCCGCUUGAUGAGCAGAACUGCACCCUGGAAAUCGAGAGCUAUGGCUACACCACAGAUGAUAUUGAGUUUUACUGGCGAGGAGGCGACCACGCGGUAACGGGGGUUGAAAGGAUAGAGCUUCCUCAGUUCUCCAUAGUGGACUACAAACUCAUCUCUAAAAAUGUGGUGUUUUCUACAGGUUCAUAUCCUCGCCUCUCCCUGAGCUUCAAGCUUAAGAGAAACAUCGGCUACUUCAUCCUGCAGACCUACAUGCCUUCCAUCCUAAUCACCAUCCUGUCCUGGGUAUCCUUCUGGAUCAACUAUGAUGCCUCGGCUGCCAGGGUUGCUUUAGGUAUCACCACUGUGCUGACCAUGACCACCAUCAACACACAUUUGCGGGAGACGCUUCCAAAGAUCCCAUACGUCAAAGCCAUUGACAUGUACCUGAUGGGCUGUUUCGUCUUCGUCUUCCUGGCUCUGCUGGAGUAUGCGCUGGUCAACUACAUCUUCUUCGGUAGAGGGCCGCAGCGACAGAAGAAAGCAGCAGAGAAAGCCUCCACAGCCAACAAUGAAAAAAUGAGAAUGGAUCCCAACAAAUGGUUGGUGGGAAAUGUAGUUCAGAGAGACGAUGCUCUGUAUGCCAGAAUGAAACAGAGGGAUAUUGACGCGCAUGACUCCAUGUGGGAACCGAUCUUUGUGGAUGAUGCAGCAUUAGGACUAGGCGAUUCAAAAAAUAAGAUGGACCCUCAUGAAAACAUCCUUCUCACUCCUCUGGAGAUCAAGAAUGAAAUGGGCACAUCAGAGUUGACCCUGGGUUUGGGCGACCCGCGCGCGACCAUGCUGGCCUACGACAGCACCUCGCUGCAGUAUCGCAAAGCCGGCCUGGCCAGACACAACUUUGGACGCAAUGCGCUGGAACGCCACGUCGCACAGAAGAAAAGCCGACUACGGCGGCGCGCCUCACAGCUUAAAAUCACCAUCCCUGACUUAACUGACGUCAAUUCGAUCGACAAGUGGUCGAGAAUGAUCUUCCCCACCGUGUUCUCCUUCUUCAAUGUCGUUUAUUGGCUUUAUUAUGUCAACUAACUGGAUUCUCGGCCGUCUGAGAAGCGCCACUUAUUUUUAUGUCCGUGUAUUCUUCCGUCUGAUUUUGCAAUACAAGCAGGACUUAUGUUGACAAAUUAAAAUCAGGACUAAUUCUCUUUGACCUUGGGUUCACCUUAAUUGCUGGCUGACACAGAUACUCUAAAGAGGUUAAGAACAAAUGGUGCCUGCUCCAAAAAAUCAAUCGUUUUAGUGCGUCUGAGUGUGUUGUUCAGAGUUUGGUUUGAUAGAUUUUUUUAAAUGAUUUCUUUUAGAACGAGAUGUAUCUGUUCUGUUGCCAAAUCAUCAAAACAGUUAUCGCUGCAAAUUAGUUAUCUUUAUACGAACAAAGACAAAACGUGGACGUCCACAGUUCUUUCCCCUUUUAGCCAUUUCUAAAAGUGCAGCAUUCGAUAAUUUAAUAUUUAUAUAGCCUUAUUUAUAAUCUUUCUUGUUUUCACGGUCUAUUGAGUAAAGAGACAAUAUGAACAGUUUUAACAUACGGUUGUAUUUUCUACUUCUCUACUCACAGAUGAUAGUUUAUUUAUCCAGGAGAAUUUAUUAUACACUUUUAUGUAACCUCAUUUAUUUUGAUAAAACUUGUCACUCAAAUACUGUACUCUAAAUUUUAUUCUCACACCUUAGCCGACUUUAUAUUUCCACGAUGCUUUGUAUUAUGUUUAAUUUUGAUAUUCAGCGUGCUGUGGAAAUUGGAGGCGUUACUAGUAAGACAAACACAAAUUUUAUAGCACUCAUGGAUUUAAUUUGUUAUUCAGCAAAUCUAUUCGUUAGCAUUCCCACUCAUUUUAGCAUACCCAUGAGCACUUGAGCUGGAAAUGUGACUGAUUGGCAUUCAGCAGUAAAUCGCAAUGCUUUUCGCAAUAUGCACACUCCCGAGCCUUGGAUAAGUAAUGAUAACCCAGAGCUGUGACACAAAUGGCAGCAGACAAGGAACAAAUACAGUUCGUAAGAACACGCUGAAAAAACAUUGCACUGGCAUAGCAUGAUAAAUAUUUGACUACUUUUGAAAAGCAUCAAUGGAGAAAUAUGCAUUUUGUCUUUAAAAUGAUAUAGUUACAUCUACCAGCAUGGGUUAACCGGAUGCUGACCACCCAAACUUUAACAUCUUGUGUGUAGCCUCAACCUGUCCUCACUCUGAAAGCAUUAAAAACUGACUCAUCACUAUUCUCUAUAACACAUUAUCUCUAUUAAGGUGCUAAAGGUACCCCUUGGCAUCACUAUGAAGAUGAACUAUGAACACUAUUGCUUUUAAUAAAAUACCUUUGCCAUACAUACACAGAUGGGAAUUAUAUUGUUAUGAAGUUAAAUUUUGGAGUACACUUUUUUUUUCAUUAAGACAUAAAUGUUAUUAUUUUGAGGUAUUAUUUUCAGUUUAAUCCCAAAUAGACUUCAAAGUGUAUUAAAAGCCCCUCAAGGCCAAAUGAUUGCUUUGUGUGAAGAACAGACCCAAAGCUGAUCAUCUCCAUUCGCCAUAAUGCCCACAUACAAAAAUUGCCACCUGAAGAAGCAUGACUUCAGCUUUGAUGUGAAAUGCCAUCGGCUGUCACGUGUUUCGAGACCGAUUGCAACAUGCUAAAGUUUGAUUUAUGUUUUGAAUGAGAUGUUACUCGAGUGCAAAGAUUAAAACCUUAAUUUUAACUCUGUCCCUCACAUAAAUACAUUGUAGAUGGUUUCAUCUAUGAAGGGGAAUGCACCCCCUUUAAAGAAGCGUUCAGUCUUUUUUCGCGCAAAUUCCGCCGUGUAAAUAGCGAAUCCGCCUGUCACGGAGGCAAGACGAGAAGUGGUCGAUCGAGAAGUGGUCCCCGUGUAGCGUGACAGAGAACUCAAACGCGGAUACACACGAGUGAGCAGGUUAGCCACGCAGUUAGUCUGAGAACGCUCCAGCGAAGGAGUAAAGAUUUCCACCAGGAAACCCGCGAUCUCAUUCACACACAGAAAGGUAUAUAAACGUCCGCAGAGCGGUACUCACGUGAGUUGAUUUGGUGAAGUUGAGGCGACCAACAAAGAGACAAACCAUGAACUCAAUGUCCGGUGCUGACUGAACCUUACUUCCUGUUUAUAUACCCGCGGAGAUUACUUCCGGGACCUCGUGACCUCACGUGACUCGGUGCGUGUGACACCGCCAUGGCGCGAGCACAACUGGCUUGAAAAACACCAUGUGCCCUAUUUUAACGAUUUAAGCGCAUGGUCUAAAGUGCACAGCGCAGGUGCAAUUGGGGCAUGUCCGAAUCCACUUUUGCUAUUUUAAGGAUGGGAAAAACGGUUGGCGCACCAGGCUUAUGGUCUAAAAGGGUUGUCCCUAUUCUCAGUCUCAGAGUCUCAGCUCCCUAAGAGCCAGUUGUGCUCGCGCCAUGGUGGAUUCGCUAUUUACACGGCGGAAUUUGUGUGAACAAAGACUGAACGCUUCUUUAAAGGGGGUGCAUUCCCCUUCAUAACUCUCCUCUCCAUGCUGAACGUGAUCGUUUUUGAAAGCGAAAGUGAAACCAAAAACAGCUCGCAUAAGAAAGCGAUUGACUAUCCAUUAUGACAUGUAGGCAUUUUUAGAUUUAUGUACACAAUAAUAAUCUUUUACAUUGUAAUCCUUUCAUUUUUAAUGUUUGUGUACUGGUGCGCAUCGCAGUGUGUGUAAUAAGCAUAGUGUAUGUGCAUUGUGCACCUGCCUAUAGGUGCAUAUUACUAAUGUGCUCUUUAAAUAACAAAAAAAAAUAUUGCACCAUUGACUUUAGACCAGGUUUCAGUUGGUCAAUGGCACAGUCUAUUUCAGUUGCCUCAAAAGAGCAACGCGCCAACAAUUCACCUGAACACACAUAGUUUUCAGACCAGCACGCCCAUGGGCACAAAAAAAGGGGCGCAAAUGCAUUUGCUAUUUGAACAAUGUGGCGCAGGACGUGAAAAUGAUAACUGCGCCAGGCUGAAACUAGCAAUUUUUUUUUUUUUGCUGUGACUGUACGUUUAUCUCCACUUUAUGUUGUUUUAUAUAAUGGUUAGGUUUAGGCAAGGGGUAGAGUUACAUAUAUGUACUAUUUAUCUCUUUUAUUUACAUAACUUUUGUAAGCUUUCGGUUUGAGAACGGGUUGAUAUCGAGGCUACUAAAUUUGAUCAAAAAGUGCGGUCCGCAAAGUUUAUUCUGCCCAAGCAUUGCAUGCUUACACUGAAAGCGAAUCACAUCCAAAUGUGAAAUGACCGACAACAGUUUGCUUGUUUAUUGUGUAAUGUGUAGCAGGUAAACCUGACAUUGACAACACAGAUGCCUUUGUGAACAGUUGUACGGAAACACUGAAGAAAUUAACAAAAAAUUGCGAUCAGCAAUGUGAUCAGAACUUCCAGCUGUCCAAUAAAAUAUUAUUUCACACAUAACAAAAAAAAAAAUCUAAGCAGACAAUACAGUUACACUGGAAGAUGUGUAGUUUAGCUGCUGCUAACUGCCUCAAACAACACAUUUAACUAUCUUCUAAAGAUUUCUAAAGAUUAUGAACCUCUCAAUCUUUGGUCAGUUCAGCAAAUAUCUUUUUUUCCACAAGUAUUUCUCCUUAGCUUGUAUAAUCUGUUAUUUCGUAAACUCUACUUCAAACGGUCUGUGCCGUCUGCAUGCCGUCGGAGUCUUUUCCUUUCUUUCUCUCUUUCUUUCUUUCUUUCUUUCUUUCUUUCUUUCUUUCUGUAUGAGUUUACAGACAAUAUAGGCGCUUUAAACAUCUUGAAGCAUUGUUCAUUUUCAUACUGAUUUUGUUGCAAAAAGCCAGCAGUUAAGGAAUCUCUCGGCUUCCUCAAUGAAAAAGAGUUCACAACAAUGAAGUCAUUCCUCUGUGUUAUGUACUGUAAAUAUCUCUUGUAUAGGAUUGUUCAAAUGCUCUUUGUAUUCAGAAGAAGAGAGUAGCUCUGUGUUUACAUAUGAAAUGAAGUGAAAACAGUGAAUUACUGAGGCGACGGAGGGGCUCGUGGUGCAGAACCAAUAUUGCAAUUUUAUCAUGAAGCAUGAUGAAAUCCAUCUAAAAGAGUCGGCCAGAGCCCAGCAUCCUCCAGCAGUGAGAAGGGCAUAUGAAUAUAGUUCAGCUUUACAAUGCUUGAAAAAAUAUAAAAGCACAAUACUGACCAGAUUUAUCUAAGGAAGGUAUACACAUCUUUAUUUAUACAUUUGUUUUUCAUUACAUGAAGAAUUUAAGAUUUUUUGUUGUUGUUGUUGUUUUAACGGUAUAGUGCGUCUGUCAUAAUCAUUUAUGAAUAGUGUAAUCCUGAUGGAGCUGCAUGCAAGACAUUUUCCAUCAAGGUCUGCAGUUUUAAUUUCGUCAACAGUCACAGAGAUAAAAACAAUGCAUAUCAUGUAUUGGCAUUGUAUAUCUCAGUAUAUCAAUGAUCGAUGUUUUGUGCACUUUUAUUUUAGAUGAAAAGACAACAUGCUUGAAACAACAUGUUAAAAGCUCACAAAAGUAAUAAUUGACACUGAUUUAACAUGAUUUUAUCAUAUCUCCCAACCCCUCCAAUGAUCAGUAAUGACAGAUCUUAUAAAACAUUAUUCAUAGCCAGGAGACUGUAGACUUGAAAGCAUGCCAGAAAUCAAGCAUCUCAUAUUUAUUACUCGUGUUUAAUCACGCAUCCCUCACAUCUGUACUGCAUGCAAUAAUGGUACCAUACAUUCAAAGAAUAUUUUGCAAUUCAUAUUGGUAAAUCAAUUCAACCCAAGUUCAGAAGGAACUUGACAUAAAUAAGUAGUAUUUUACUAUAUAAAAACAUAUAUGAUUAUAAGCAUAGCUUCUGGACUCAAGGAUCAGAAAUGUGUGAAUGCAUUUAAUUACCAGCCUGUGGACAAUUGAGUAGGUUAUUAAUAGUGAUUGUAUAUUCAUAAUGAUGGUGAUUAUGUAACAAUUAAGUGUAACAAUGUGAUAUUUUCUGCUGUUCAUUUAUUGUCACGAUAAUUUGCACAAGAUCAAUGCUUAAAACAUCAAAACAAUUCAUAUCAUAUUCAUACAUGCAUACAUGUUUUUCUUUGCCAAUUCUUGUUGCGAACGUCAGAGUUUUUAGAUUCUGAUUUGUUUGACUUCAUCUGAGCUGUAGAUGUCUUGGUGGUGUACAUUGUUUAAAUGAACCGAUGUAAGGAGAACUUGGGCAUUAGGGCUUAUUUUAAUAUAUUCCAAAAACAAUUUCUAGCUGUAAAUAUCAAUUAUGGUACUAAACAUCCAAUUGGAGUCGGGUGUUCGUGUAAAUACAAAAAUACUUUCUAACAACGUGUAAUGUAAUAUUUCUAAACUUUCUGGUUUGUACUUUACUGGUUAAUGCAAAGGUUACUACAAAGCAAUGUUAUGAAAAAUACUUGGUGACAAAUCAAUAAUGUAAAUAAUUUGAAAUUUGCCACUUGCUCUCCUUAGUAAAUAAAUAUUAUUAUUAUUAU